UGUCCAGCACGUGGGGUGGAAAAAAGUGGCUCAAAGAAUGGAACCGAAUCUGUGUGCCCUUACUCUGAAGAAUACAGGGGGCUCAGAUGAGCGUGAGAGAACCUGCUCUCUGCUCCCACCCAAUGCAAGGAUGAGGCUCCCACUGGAGUAACAGGUGUUGAGUUCGGAACCCGGCUGUGCUCCUCACACCCAGUAAAAACUUGAGUCCUUAACAGACAAACCCAGAAAAAGGGCAGGGGAAAGGGUGUAACAUUCAUACCACAUGGACAGACUGUUGGCAGCCAGAAGUCAGGCUUUUAUCCGCAGAUGAUACUGAAUUUGUGUCUCAAGCCUUCUGAAGGAAAGGCAAGACCAGAACAGUAGGUUGACCAAAGCUUACGGACAAAGGAAAGGAAUUAGAACUGAGAAGAGGACACCUCUUGAUGCAAAGCCUCGGAGGUAUUGUGAUGGCAGCAUCUUGGAAUUUCAUGAGAGUAGUUCAUUAUUCCAAAACUGUUUUGUCACAGGGAGUCCAGAUAGGAGGAAUCACCAGUGAUUUGGGGCAUGCCUUGUCCAGGACUAUAACUUCAAGUUUUGUUGCCAAAACACCCACAUCAAAUACAGUGGAACUGCUUGGUAAAGCAUACCCUCGAGAUGACUACAGCAAUGUCACAGAGAAAAUUCUCUCCAAGGUGGGAAAGAACUUGCACAACCAACGAUACCACCCUUUGUGGCUGAUCAAAGAGCGAAUAAAGGAUCAUUUUUACAAGCAGUAUAUAGGACGCUUUGGGACCCCACUCUUUUCUGUUUAUGAUGAUCUGUCCCCGGUGGUUACAGUGGAGCAGAACUUUGACAGAUUGCUUAUCCCACAAGACCACCCCAGCAGGAGGAAAGGGGAAAACUACUACAUGAAUCACAUUCACAUGCUAAGAGCACAUACGUCGGCUCACCAGUGGGACUUGAUGCACUCAGGGCUGGAUGCCUUUCUAGUUGUGGGAGAUGUCUACCGCCGCGAUACGAUUGAUAGCAGCCACUACCCAAUCUUUCACCAGAUGGAAGGAGUGCGGCUCUUCUCCAAUCAUGAGUUGUUCAGCAACAUCAAAGAUGGAGAAAGUUUACAGUUGUUUGAGCAAGGGCAUCGCACAGCACACAAGCAGGAGACACACACCAUGGAGGCAGUGCGGCUGGUGGAAUUCAAUCUAAAACAAGUGCUCACAAAGCUUGUGACUAAUCUCUUUGGUGAUGGACUGGAAAUUAGAUGGGUAGACUGCUACUUCCCGUUUACACACCCUUCCUUUGAGAUGGAGAUCAACUUCCAAGGAGAAUGGAUGGAGGUGCUGGGCUGUGGGGUCAUGGAGCAACAACUAGUUAACUCAGUGAUGAUCAUGUACUGUUUCAAGAGCAACAGCAAUUAA